AAAGAGAAAGAGAAAAGAUGUUAUUUUAUUGAAGGGAGAAAGAGAAAGAGAUAGAAAGAGAGAGACAAGGGGUUGUUUUUUGGGGGCCGCCAGAAUGAACCAUGGCGCAGAUACCGUCGCCGCGCCUGCGUCACUACAGGACGAUGACGGCGAUCUGCUUCGUAUGCAAUCUGCCGAUCCUGUCGCACCAGGUGGGCCUGGUGUGGCAAGGAGGAAACGGAUGGGACGACCUGGUGCGAGAGCAAGUGGAAGAGUCGACGCUGAAGCAGAGGUUGGGCGGACGACGGGAUUCGGCGGCGCAGAUAUCGAGCAUCUCGCCGCCGACGGAGACGCAGGAGACGUCGCCGCCGACGACGGGACCGGCGCGACGGAGACGCAGCUCGCUCGCCCAGCUGACGGAUAUCCUGCGGGAAUGGAGCGGCGGAGGGUCGACGAAGACGAGGAGGAAGGCACCGUUGAGCAGGAGGGAGACGCUCGCAGAUCUGGCGAGAAGCCUGCCCUGGGGACGACAGACGACGACGGACGGAGGAGGAGGAGCAGCGGCCGUCGCUGUUGCUAGCGUAGGGCAGCACAGCAGGAAGAGGCGAGAGUCGAGCGCCGAUUCCGGGAUCAAGAGCAUCGGCACCAGGUCCAGACGCGAUUCGCAUCAAAACAACAAUAACAAUCACACUGCGUUAUCAGACUUUCGCACGGAGGUGGCCAAACUGUGGCAGAGGAGGGAAUCGAACGCGACGACGACGAUCAUCACGGCGAGCAGUCCGCCGCGUCGCGGGUCCGGAGAGUCGAACAGGAGCGGACGCAGGGAUUCGGUGAGCCACUCGUACGGGACGUCCAGACGCGGAUCGGGUGAGAGCAGCCGCAGCGGACGUAGAGAUUCGACCACGUUGGCGACGCCGCCUCCACCGAAGAUCGUCGGGGCGCACAAGAAGAGACGCGAUUCACGCAACACACUCAACGACAGCUACGGCCACAAGCAGGACCAGAGACCGUCAACGUCUUCGACGGAUUCUGCGCCUGUUCUGCAGGUGCCCACGCAUCUCACCACCAGCAGCUACACGGACAUGGGCACGCAAGCUCUGCCGCCGCCCACGAUCAUCAUGUCGAGCGUUACGCCGCCGGCGACGUCGCCCACCGUUCAAGCAACGACACCGACGAAUCCGCUUCUUUCGACGAGACGCGAUUCCACCACUCAGUGCGGACGUCUCGGGCGUCGCGAUUCUCGCAGCCACGCGAGUCCGGAACGCCGUAACUCGCGUCUGCAGCGUCAAAACACCGCCUACGACGAGAGCUGUCUGCCGCCUCCACCUUCUGGCGGCGGUGCUUGGGGCAGACGCGGAUCUCAGCCGACGCUCUCGCCGGACGUCGACGACACCGGACGCAAGUCGCGCCGUGACAGCCUCAGCCCGGACUCUGCCUCUCGAGGCGGCCGUCGUGACUCACGCACCCAUCUCAGCCCGGAUCGUUCAGGCGAGAGAGACAUCAGCCCGAUGAGACGUAGCCGUCGUCUCCGUCGGCAAUCGACGAGCAUCGCAGCGGGACGUGGAGGACCUCGUUCGCCGGACUCCUCCAGCUGCUCUUCGCGCGAUCCCAGCCCUUGCAAUCGCCCCAUACCCGCCCAAUCUGAGGGCCAUCAUCGUCCCAUGAUCCGGAGACAGUCUACGACCGAGGAGAUUCUCAUCGCGCGCGGCUUCCGUCGUCAAUCCACCACCGAAGAGAUGAUCCGUUGCCGCAACUUCCGUCGCCAAAGCUCCCAGAGCGACGACACCUCCAGGUACCGUGGACGUCGCGACUCUUGCGCCCAAAUCACAGACGGCACCAUCGCUUCCAUGACCGUCGAGACUUCCAGCACAUUCUUCGACUCCAGCACCCAAACUG